UCUCAGCCGGCUCCUUUUAACCCUCCCAUUCUCCAUUUCCCUCCCUGGCAGGGUGUAAUUGAGUCAAGGCAGGAUCAGGUUCCCCGCCUUCCCGUCCAAAAAUCCCGCCAAGGAAGCCUCAGAGCAUAAGAAAAUCCAAAGUGGAGAGAGGGGAAGAAAGGAAGCACUGAGUCAUCCAUCCAGAAGGGGGGGAGAGCGCAGCCGCCCAGGCAGGAGCAGCAGCCAGCAGUACCUGGAGUCCGCUGCAGAAACCUCGCCCCGCACUGUGCAACAAAGACAGCCUGCUAGUCGGCAAGGACGUCUGCAAGCCAAAAAAUGUCGUCUCAACAGUACCAGCAGCAACGCCGAAAAUUUGCAGCUGCCUUCUUGGCAUUUAUUUUCAUCUUAGCAGCUGUGGACACUGCUGAGGCUGGGAAGAAAGAGAAGCCGGAAAAGAAGGUGAAAAAAUCUGACUGUGGAGAGUGGCAGUGGAGUGUGUGUGUGCCCACCAGCGGGGACUGUGGACUGGGCACCCGGGAGGGCACCCGCAGCGGUGCUGAGUGCAAGCAAACCAUGAAGACCCAGAGAUGUAAGAUCCCUUGCAACUGGAAGAAGCAGUUUGGAGCUGAGUGCAAAUACCAGUUCCAGGCUUGGGGAGAAUGUGACCUGAAUACUGCCUUGAAGACCAGGACUGGAAGUCUAAAGCGAGCUCUCCACAAUGCCGACUGCCAGAAGACAGUCACCAUCUCUAAGCCCUGUGGCAAACUCACCAAGCCCAAGCCUCAAGCAGAAUCAAAGAAGAAGAAAAAGGAAGGCAAGAAACAGGAGAAGAUGCUGGAUUAGAAGAUGCCAACUUCUGUAGACCAGGAAAAGAACAUCAGCACAGAGGAUCAGUUAACAAUUACAUUUAUACCCACUGUAGGCUUUUUAUUCAACAGUUAUCUGUAGCUUAAGUACAUGAUAGGAAAAACAGAAAAGAAUUUUUUUUGUAGUAGCAUUUUUUUUAAUGUAUACCUUAGAACCUCUAGGGGCUUAUAAUAAAGGACUGUAAUACUGUUUAGGAAGUUUAGCUAUAGUACAUGAUAGGUGGUAGGCAAUCGAGGUAAGUUUUUUUGAAGUUAUGUGAUGUUUCACAGUUAAAUCUUUUUUCUUUAAUUUUUUUUUUUUACAGUUCCCCCCCUUGGGCAGCAAUUUAAAUGUUACAACCAUGUAAACUACUUCUCUUGCUAGAUAGAUUUUCACCUAGACUUUUUUUCUUCCCAACUGAGAAAAAUAUAUACUAAACAAAGCAGCAAUAAAAUAUAAUCAUUCUAUUGGAGAGAAAUACAUUGCUUUCUGCCAGUGGAUGUUUUCUUUCAAAAUCAGCAAAUUGGGAGAAGGAGAAAGGCGAAACAGUGAUGUACAAUGUUGAUUUUUUUUUUUUUUAAGAAAAGCAUUAAAACAUGAAACUUUCACUUUGGCAGAAAUGUUUGUUUUCUUGAUGAAAUUAUUUUUCCAUCUGAGAAAAAAAAAUCUAGGAAAAUAAAUCAAAGUGAUGCUGAAUAAAAGGUGCUUUGUGUGCAAUAA